CUUGCCCAAAAAACUUGCUGAAGGGGAUUGAUUGACAAGUAUGGCUGACCCUGAGUCCUCUGCAACUGCAUCGGCGGCAAAGAGUGAGAAGAAGCGCAGCUUCACUGUGACAGAGAAACUGAAGGUGGUUGAAGCCUCCAAGGCGCAGUCGCUGCGCUCUGUCGCUCGUCAGUACAAUGUGGAUCGCAACUGCGUCCGCGCGUGGCGAGACAAGGAGGCCGAGCUCUCAGCGAUGCACCCGACAGCCAAGCGACUUCCGGGCGCAGGACGGCGGCCGUCUACGGGCCCAGUGUCAUCUGUACCAGCAGAAAAUAAACGUGGCGUGGAGAUCUCGCCGCGUAAACGCAACGAAAGCAAGAAACCCAAGACGGAAAGUGAGACCAAAGUGGAGACAGACGGGACUCAGCAGGAGACGGUGGUGGCGGAACAGGAGCUACAACAGCCAGUUCAACCGGCACCUCUGUCAACUAACUACGUGCUGGUAGGGUUCCAGGGCAAGGAGGGCGCGUUCUCGGAGGUGGCGGCUAAGAUGGCGUUUGAGGAACUGCGAACGGCCAAUGCG